AAAAAGAAUUGGGGGGGAAGAACAAACAAAAUAUACAAUGGGAUAGAGCAGAGAGAGAUAUGGCGCAAGGCUACUUGUUACCAUUCACAACGCAAAAUUCGAAAAUCUCAUUUCAUUCAGUCACUGCCUGCUCGUAAUUUUACUAAAUUAAACAAAGUUCAAGCAAAAAUGGCGCCAUUCCUUCACUCUCUUCGUCUUCAUUCUUUGCCUAGAUUUCGCCUUUGCUCCUCUUUCUUCCCUUCUCUCUCUCAGAACAUGAGAAACGAAGCAAUCACUUCUCUUGGAAGGGGACCUCGUCUUCUCUGUUCUUUAGCAAAUUCUUCAGAUUUUGAAUGUGAUAAACUCAUUGAUGAUAGUGAGGCAAUGGAGAAGCAUAACAAACUGUUUCUGGCUCUCAAAGAAAUUUCUGGUGAAUUUUGUAGAGAAUCUAUGUUGUCUUUGCAUCGGUUUUUUAGCUCACGGCAGGCCUCUGUGAUAUCUACGGGCUCAUUGAAGCUUGAUCUUGCACUUGGUAUUGGUGGAUUACCUAAGGGGAGAAUGGUUGAAAUCUAUGGCCAGGAAGCUUCUGGGAAGACAACACUUGCGCUUCAUAUUAUCAAGGAAGCACAAAAGUGUGGAGGAUAUUGUGCAUAUCUUGAUGCUGAGAAUGCAUUGGACCCUUCUCUUGUUGAAUCAAUGGGGGUAAACACAGAAAAUCUUCUUAUCUCACCGCCAGAUUCUGCGGAAAACUUGCUGAGUGUAGUUGAUACACUGACCAAGAGUGGCUCUGUGGAUGUGAUCGUGGUCGAUAGUGUUGCUGCUCUCGUACCUCAACUUGAGCUCGAUACUAUGCUAGGAAGCACAGAGGACAGACAAUCAAGAAUAAUGUCCCAAGCAGUCAGAAAAAUAAAUUAUUCUUUAUCCCAGUCUAAAACUCUCAUCAUUUUCCUUAAUCAGGUUAGAGCAAAUGUAAAAUCAGGACAAGGUCUAGGACAAGUGGAUGAGGCCACUUGUGGUGGAAAUGCCUUGAAAUUUUACUCAGCUGUACGGUUGAGAAUGGCUCGCAAAGCAUUGCUCAAGACUGAGGAUGAGAUAACUGGCCUUAGGGUGUCAGUCCAAGUGGUGAAAAAUAAAUUGGCACCAGCAAUGAAAAAAGCUGAACUUGGAAUACAAUUCGGAAGAGGCUUCUGCUCUGAGUCUGAGGUUUUAGAAUUGGCUUGUGAAUAUGGAGUGAUAAGGCAAGAAGGAAGCACUUAUUGCAUUGAAGAAGAGGUUUUUAGUAAUAAACACGCAGCUGAAGAGUAUCUUGCUGAAAACUACAAGGUUCAUGAUAGAAUAGUUAGAACCUUGAGAACUCACUUGUUCUAGAAAGGAAGGGAUGAUUGUCUGAUACACUUUGAUGGAUGAGCUUUACUGAAAGGAACAGGGAAAAUCUAAGUGAAUGGAUUCAAAGCUGGCUAUGGAUUACAUAUCCUCGCUAGAAAACUGCCCCUUGUAGAAUUUGAAUGCACCUCAAUGGCAUCAGAGCUUAUUCAUGUGAUUCGGAAGGGGUUACUGCUGGAAUAAGAUGAUCUUGCUGGUUGGGCGCUUGAGAUUACCAACCCUGGAAAUAUUCUUUUCCAGCAGGAGUUGGACAGGUUAUUUGUGAAGACCAAGUGUAGAUUUCCCUUAAAACCAGGGAGGCUCAGCAAUGCAUGUACGUUUCUUGCGAACUCGAUUACUCUUGUAUUUACCUUAAAGAAACUUCUGAGAUUUGAAUUCUACAAGGAACCAUUUGAUUCUAUUGAUGUGGAUGAAUGAAGCAAAUAUUUGAAUA